GCUGCCGCCCCGGUGUAGUAGCGGGGGCGGCGGCCGGGGGCAGCGCGGCUCCUUCCCUUGUUGUGUGUGUCGGUGCCUCCUCGCCAUCUUGUUGCAAAGCCCUUUCUUGUCGGCGGGACUCCCGGGGGCCGCGAGGCGGGAGGCAUCAGAAGGGAGGAAGAGGAGGAGGGAAGAAAGAAGGCAGUGCCGCCUUUUUUUUUGCCGCAAUUUUUUUUUAAUUUGCAAAUUUCUAUUUUGCAAAUAUUUUGGGAGACAUUGAUUUUGCUGCCCGUGCUCCCCCGUUCUUUCUUGAGGAGUGCGCUGCGCCGCCCAGCCCUGUCGCCCCCCGGAGGUGAUCCUUCCCUCCUGCCCGCCCGCCAGCCUGACCUGUGCCCGGCUCGCGGGCCGCAGCCUCGGCCGCGGCGCGCCCCCGGCCGCUCUCGGCGCGAUGAGCAUAGAGACGCUACUGGAGGCGGCCCGCUUCCUGGAAUGGCAAGCGCAGCAACAACAGAGAGCACGUGAGGAGCAGGAGCGCCUUCGAUUGGAGCGGGAACGGGAGAGAGAGCAGGAGCAGAAGAAGGCCAGUAGUCUGGCCAGGUUGGCCCAUGCCCUGCCUGUGGAAGAACCCCGCAUCGAGGCACCACCCCUACCCCUCUCACCACCAGCACCACCACCGGCACCACCGCCACCACUUGCCACCCCUACCCCACUGACCGUCAUUCCUAUUCCUGUAGUGACCAACUCCCCUCAGUCUCUGCCGCCGCCCCCGCCCCCGCCACUACCUCCUGCAGCCCAGCCCCUGCCCCUGGCACCUCGUCAGCCAGCUCUGGUCAGCACCCCUGGACUCAGCAUUAAGGAGCCGGCUCCCCUGCCCACCAGGCCCCAGGUGCCCACCCCUGCUCCUUUACUGCCUGACUCAAAGACAACAGUUGCACCCACUGGCAGUCCCAAGCCUUUGCAGCCCCUCCCCACACCCAUUUUGACUAUAGCACCGCACCCUGGAGUCCAGCCUCAGCUGGCCCCCCAGCAGCCACCCCCACCCACGCUUGGGACCCUGAAGUUGGCACCAGCUGAAGAAGUCAAAUCCAGUGAACAGAAGAAGAGGCCUGGGGGGAUCGGAACCAGAGAAGUCCACAACAAAUUGGAGAAAAACAGGAGGGCCCAUCUGAAGGAAUGCUUUGAAACCCUGAAGCGCAAUAUCCCUAACGUAGACGACAAGAAGACGUCGAAUCUGAGCGUGCUGCGGACGGCGCUGCGGUACAUCCAGUCCCUGAAGAGGAAGGAGAAGGAGUAUGAGCACGAGAUGGAGCGACUAGCACGGGAGAAGAUUGCCACACAGCAGCGACUGGCAGAGCUCAAGCAUGAGCUGAGCCAAUGGAUGGAUGUGCUGGAGAUCGACCGUGUGCUUCGGCAGACAGGCCAGCCUGAGGAUGACCAGGCCUCCACCUCCACAGCCUCUGAGGGUGAGGACAACAUAGACGAGGAGAUGGAGGAAGACCGGGCGGGCCUGGGCCCACCCAAGAUGAACCAUCGUCCCCAGCCGGAGCUGCUGAAAUCCACCCUGCCUCCCCCGAGCACUGCCCCCACACCUCUGCCUCCCCACCCGCACCCCCACACCCACCCAGUGGCCCUGUCUCCUGCCCACCUUGCUGUGCAGCAGCAACCACCACAGCAGAAGACCCCUUUGCCAGGCCCUCCUCCCCCACCAGCCACCCCUACCCAGACACUAGUGCCAGCUCCAGCCCAUCUGGUGGCCACAGCUGGCAGUGGCUCCACGGUCAUUGCCCACACAGCCACCACCCAUGCCUCAGUCAUCCAGACUGUGAACCAUGUUUUGCAGGGGCCUGGUGGCAAGCACAUCGCCCACAUUGCCCCCUCAGCCCCCAGCCCUGCAGUGCAGCUGGCACCUGCCACACCUCCCAUCGGUCACAUCACGGUGCACCCUGCAACCCUCAACCAUGUCGCCCACCUCAGCUCCCAGCUGCCCUUGUACCCACAACCUGUGGCGGUGAGCCAGCCUGUGGCAGUGAGCCACAUUGCCCACACCCUCUCACACCAGCAAGUGAAUGGCACAGCCGGGCUGGGACCCCCAGCCACUGUCAUGGCAAAGCCAGCUGUGGGGGCUCAGGUGGUGCACCACCCCCAGCUGGUGGGCCAGACAGUGCUAAACCCUGUAACCAUGGUCACCAUGCCGUCCUUCCCAGUCAGCACACUCAAGCUGGCUUGAGGAUGAGGCCACUCAGGCCCCCAGUGGGGGCAGGGAGGGGGGCCUGACUGUCCCUCUUCUACCCACCAGCUCCACACAUUCCAGCCAGGCCCACCCCACCCAUACCACCCCCAGGCCUCCUAGGGGAAGGGGGUACAGAGACUCUGAGCCAGGGGAGGGGCCCCUCUUUGAUUUGGGUGCAGGCAGGUUACCCUGCUGCACUUGGACUUGGUGGAGACUCAUGAGGACACUCUGGUGGAUGUUGUGCCUGUCCAGCCUGGUGCCGGCUCCAAGGCCACUCCUGCCUCCCCACCUUGUCCCUUGAAGUCUGCGCUGUAGACUCUGUGCUCUGGCUUCUCCCUCCCCUGCCUGCCUUCCUGUGCUGCUGCUGCUGCUAUUGCUCUGGUGAGAUGGCUGAGCUCCUCAGCUUCCCCUCCUCAGAGUCAACUGGUACUUCUGGAGGGGAAACAGGGAGAACUGAAGCCACUUGGCUCAGAAAAAUGGGUAGUGCGUGGUGAGGGGCUCUGAGUGCAAAGUGACAGAUCUAAGAAGUAUUUGGUCUGGAGUCAAGCCCAGACAGGUGGUUACCUGGGCCUGGGGCUCUCUGACCCACUUGUAGUCACUGUGAUUGGUUACAGUAGAAACUUUAAAAUGAGUCUCUACCAACAAUAAACAAAACCCAAGCCGUUGCCAAGCUUUCCUGUCCCUGCCACUGAGCUCCUGACCUCGAGAGAGCAGGCUGAGCUUAGGGCUGGGAGGGUAGAGCUUGGCAGCCCUGCUUCCCACCCUGGUUCCUCUGGCCUGGCCUGGCUUGGCAGGGAGAGCUGCUUGUACCUUGGUCCCCAUCCUUGGACUUGGCAUUCACUGUCCUGGUUCCUUGCUCUGUCCAGUUCGGUACUUUUCUCUAGGUUUGGGUACUGCCUGCAGUUUAGAAGACAUGGAGCCGCAGCUGGUCUAGGACCUAAGCCACAUUGCUGAGGCAUCUAUAAGCUAAAAUCCAGGGGGCUUGGUGGAGACCUUGAACCUUUCCCCACACAGGCCCCGGGGGGCUCAUGGAAAAGAAGCUGCAGCUUCUCUUCCCACCUCCCCAUCUGGUGGCAAUUUUGAGGCCCCUCCCUGAUGGGUGCUGCAGUGCACCACCACCUUCCACUGUGGAAAGGGCCUUUACUAAGGACAGGGCUCAGCUUGGUAUUGGGAUGAGGAUGGUGUUCCCUGCCUCUGCAAUAGCAGACAGCUUUGGCUUCUCUUUUUAUGUGGUUAUUUAUUACAAGUGGCCUUGUGUCAGACAAUUACACGUGUGCACAUUCAGCUCUCCACUGGACACUCACCAAUGGCCUUUCAGUGUGGGCAGGAAUUAAGUGUCCCUAGGCAUGAAGUUGGCAUUGAGGGCCUGGCAGUAGAGGGGACCAGAAAGGGAAGGUUCAGAAUCUUUGGGAGGAUACUGUAAGCAGGGCGCUAAGGCAGCAAAGGUCUUGAAUACAGAUUGAGAUAAGGAGUAGAUGCCUCCAAACUCUUGGGUCCUCCUGGCCCUGGACACUUCCCAGGGCACUUCAUUUGUCUCCUGUGGUGGGGAAAGAGUGGGACCAGGCCUCCAUCCCAGUGCAGCAAUCCCACUCCACAAGCUAGCUGCCUUCCUGCAGCCACCUCCACCCACACUGGCUCUGGGGGCCAGCUCCCCUCUGUUCUAUGUUGAGACAGAGAAAAGGUGCUGGUACAGACCACUUUGAUGAACUUGCCCCGCCCUAUUUACCCCUCCCUGUGUCUUGAGGCCAGUUCAGAGUUAAAACCAUUGUGUUGGCCCUCAGGCCUGCACAGAUACCUCAUCAUCCACCACCCCGCCCACCCCCAAUAGGGGGUCCUCCAGAUCUAGUGCCGAAUGACUAUGUCCAGAUUGGUGAUGAUGGGUGUUGUUGAUGUUUUCAUUGUCGUUUGUGAACGCUGUGACUGCUGUGUGCCCGAGUGGGCAGCCACCUCCCAGCCCUUCCUUGGGCAGCUCCCCUCUGAGAGCUGUUAGGACCUCUGUCCUCACCCUGUGGGACCGCCUGGCCCUUCUCUCCCUAGCCCCUCCAGCCUGGGACACACACACACACACACACACACACACAGAUUACACACUUUACCUCUCAUGCGUGUUUUACCUGUGCUGUUUGGAGUGGCUCACUGGCUGGGAUCUUUACCUCGGGAAACUGGAAGAGUGGUUCCCUGGGGGCCAAAGAAGGGCAGAGAAUGCCUGGAGGAGGGUAGUUGGGUCCUCAUAACCCCUGCUCUGUCUAGGAACAGCUGCUUCUCCCCAUCCCAGGGUCCCACCCCCAAUCCCCAAAGAGGUGGCCCUUGUUUACAGUGAGGACUCGGUCACUGUGUCUCUGUUUCCUGAAAUAUGAAUUGUAGCGACCCCAGACUGUAGAGAUUUUUAUGUGUUUGGAUACAUCUGCUGUGUGGGAAAAAAAAAAAAAACUACAAAAACCCUAAUUUUGUACAUAUUGUAUUUUUACUAUUGAACUGUAUUCUAGUGGCUGUUCAUGCUCCAAGACUUUAGGUAUUGAGACAUGAAUUCUAUCCAUGUAAUAAGCACUUGCCUGGAAUAAAAUAUAAAACUGAAAUAAAUCUGCACUGAAACC